GCAUAACAUGCUGGAGACCGUACGGUGGUGUGUUGGUGAUAGGUCAACUUUUAAAACCCCUGUUUAGUUCUGUCUGUUCGCAGUCAAGACAGAGAGUGGGCGAGAGCAAGGGGCGAAAACAUCAGUCAUGCAUUUAGGUUAGCGUGAAAUGCCGGAGCGUCUUUUUGUGUCACAAGCCCGCUGACAUUAGUGAAGAGAGAGAAGAAGGAGCAAGGGGAAGCCCGGAGAAGAGUGAACCAAGCGGGGUCCAAGAUGCAGCCUGUCGCGGUGCUCUGGGGUGCACUGUUAACUUUGCUGCUCAGCCUGAGUGCAGGAGUUGACGGCAGUGCUGAGUGUUCCUGUGGGAGAAACCACUUCACAUGUGCGGUCAGUGCGUUUGGUGAGUGCACCUGCAUACCAGCUCAGUGGCAAUGCGAUGGAGACAACGACUGCGGGGACCAUAGUGAUGAGGAUGGAUGCAUGCUUCCCACCUGCUCACCACUGGAUUUCCACUGUGACAAUGGCAAAUGUAUACGACGUUCGUGGGUCUGUGACGGAGACAAUGACUGUGAGGAUGACUCGGACGAGCAGGAUUGCCCUCCCCGAGAAUGUGAGGAAGAUGAGUUUCAGUGCCAGAAUGGCUACUGUAUCCGCAGCCUCUGGCACUGUGAUGGAGACAAUGACUGCGGCGACAACAGUGAUGAGCAGUGUGACAUGCGUAAAUGUUCAGACAAGGAAUUCCGCUGUACAGACGGCAGCUGCAUUGCUGAGCAUUGGUAUUGUGAUGGCGACACAGACUGCAAGGAUGGAUCUGAUGAGGAAAACUGUCCCUCAGAUGUGAUGGCAGCCACCUGCAGCUCCGAGGAGUUCCAGUGUGCAUACGGCCGCUGCAUCCUGGACAUCUAUCACUGUGAUGGAGAUGAUGAUUGUGGAGACUGGUCAGAUGAGUCAGAUUGCUCAUCCCACCAACCAUGCAGGUCUGUUGAGUUCAUGUGCAGCAGUGGAAUGUGCAUCAAUGCAGGCUGGAGGUGUGAUGGCGAGUUUGACUGUGAUGAUCAGUCUGAUGAGAUGAAUUGCACCACAUCUAUGUGCACAGCGGACCAGUUUCGGUGUGGAACUGGACGCUGUGUCCGGUUGUCAUGGAGAUGCGAUGGCGAAGAUGACUGUUCAGACCGCAGUGAUGAAGAGGGUUGUGAAAAAACUGAGACAUCUGCUUGUGCUCCUGACCAGUUCCAAUGUGGUAAUGGACGCUGUAUUGGUCAAAGGAAGGUGUGCAAUGAGGUUAACGACUGCGAAGACGGAACUGAUGAACUUCCACACCAUGAAUGUCGGCCACGCCCAAGCGAUGGCAACUGUAACCAGAAUAACGGUGGUUGUUCCCAGAAGUGUCAGAUGCUUCGAGGUCUGGUCCAGUGCACCUGUCACACUGGAUACCGACUGAUGGAUGAUGGCAGAUCAUGCCAAGAUGUGAACGAGUGUGCUGAAGAGGGCUACUGCAGUCAGGGCUGCACCAACGUAGAGGGCGGCUUCCAGUGCUGGUGUGUUCAAGGCUAUGAACUGCGGCCAGAUAAGCGCAGCUGCAAGGCACUGGGUCCAGAGCCGGUGCUGUUGUUUGCCAAUCGAAUCGAUAUCCGUCAAGUUCUGCCGCACCGCUCUGAGUACACGUUGCUGCUAAACAACCUUGAGAAUGCCAUCGCUCUCGACUUCCAUCACAGCCAAGAGCUGGUUUUCUGGUCAGACGUGACACUGGACCGCAUUAUGAAAGCCAACCUCAAUGGAUCUAAUGUGGAAGAGGUCGUUUCAACUGGCUUGGAGAGCCCAGGUGGGCUGGCCAUUGAUUGGAUCCAUAACAAAUUGUACUGGACAGAUUCUGGAACAUCACGGAUUGAAGUGGCUAAUCUGGAUGGGACUCAUCGCAAGGUGCUACUGUGGCAGAACAUGGAGAAGCCCCGGGCCAUUGCGCUGCAUCCUAUAGAGGGUAAGAUCUACUGGACUGACUGGGGCAACACGCCUCGCAUAGAGUAUGCCAACAUGGAUGGCUCGAACCGACGGGUCAUUGCAGACACUCACUUGUUCUGGCCCAACGGGCUGACAAUUGACUAUGCUGGGCACCGCAUGUACUGGGUGGACGCUAAACACCAUGUCAUCGAAAGAGCCGACCUGGAUGGACGGAAUCGUAAAGCUGUCAUCAACCAAGGCCUGCCUCACCCAUUUGCCAUCACUGUGUUUGAGGACAGCCUCUAUUGGACUGAUUGGCACACCAAGAGCAUCAACAGUGCCAAUAAAUUUACUGGCAAGAACCAAGAGAUUAUCCGUAACAAAUUGCACUUCCCCAUGGAUAUCCACACUUUGCAUCCCCAGAGGCAACCUGAAGGAGGCAAGAACCGCUGUGGUGCCAACAACGGAGGUUGUAGCCACCUUUGUCUUCCUGGCAAUAAAACAUACACCUGUGCUUGUCCAACUGGUUUCAAGAAAGUGGACCACAGCAACUGUGCUAACAGUCUUGACAAGUUCCUGCUUUUUGCCCGAAGGACGGACAUCAGACGAAUCAGUUUCGACACAGAAGAUAUGUCAGAUGAUGUCAUCCCUCUGGCUGACGUGCGUAAUGCUGUGGCACUGGACUGGGAUGCCAGAGACAGCUACAUCUACUGGACUGACGUCACCACUGACUCUAUCAACAGAGCCCUAUGGAAUGGCAGCAAGCAGGAGGUGGUGGUGGACACCAGCCUGGAGAGUCCAGCUGGUUUGGCUAUUGACUGGGUGACUAACAAACUCUACUGGACUGAUGCUGGUACAGAUCGUAUUGAGGUCUCUAAUGCAGAUGGGAGCAUGCGGACUGUCCUUAUAUGGGAGAACCUUGACCGACCUAGGGACAUUGUUGUCGACCCUAUUGGAGGCUUCAUGUACUGGACUGACUGGGGUGCCAACCCAAAGAUUGAACGUGCAGGGAUGGACUCUUCGGGUCGCAUAGUCAUUAUCUCUUCAAACUUGACAUGGCCCAAUGGACUUGCCAUUGACUAUGAAACUAAACGCUUGUAUUGGGCAGACGCUGGCAUGAAGACAAUUGAAUUUGGAAACUUUGAUGGUUCUGACCGACAGGUUUUGAUUGGCAGUCAGCUUCCUCAUCCCUUUGGGCUUACUGUACACGAAAACAUGCUGUACUGGACAGAUUGGCAGUCCAAGAGCAUCCAGAGUGCUAACAAAUUCACUGGCUUGGAGCGGCACACCCUUACAGAAAACCUGGAGAACCUCAUGGAUAUUCACAUGUUCCAGAGACACCGCGAAACAGUACACAACCCAUGCGCAGUGAAAAAUGGAGGCUGUAGUCACCUCUGUCUCCUGGCUCCUGCUCCCAAAGUCUACAGCUGUUCGUGUCCUACUGGGAUCAACCUUCAGACAGAUGGAAAGACCUGCACACCUGGGAUGAGCAGCUUCUUGAUCUUUGCACGGAGAACGGACAUAAGAAUGGUGUCUUUGGACAUCCCUUACUUUGCUGAUGUGGUUCUUGCUGUGAACAGUUCCAUGAAAAAUACGAUUGCUAUUGGAGUUGACCCGCAAGAUGGAAAGGUGUAUUGGUCAGACAGUACACUUAAGAAAAUCAGCAGAGCCAAUAUCAAUGGAACAGCUGAUGAAGACAUCAUUUCUACAGGACUGAUGACGACUGAUGGUCUGGCAGUAGAUGCAGUAGGCCGAAAGAUUUACUGGACCGAUACAGGGACCAACCGGAUAGAAGUUGCCAAUCUGGAUGGCUCCAUGAGGAAGGUUCUGGUGUGGCAAAACUUGGACAGCCCCCGUGCCAUUGCACUUUACCAUGAGAUGGGCUAUAUGUACUGGUCUGACUGGGGAGAGCAUGCUAAACUGGAGCGCUCAUCAAUGGAUGGGUCAGAUCGAGUGAUCCUCAUCAAUAACAACCUUGGAUGGCCCAAUGGUCUUGCAAUAGACAUGGCCAGCUCCCAGCUAUUGUGGGCUGAUGCCCAUACUGAACGCAUUGAGGCUGCUGAUUUGAAUGGCCAGAACCGCCAUACCCUGGUAACACCAGUCCAACACCCGUAUGGUUUAACCCUCUUGGGGUCCCACAUCUAUUGGACUGACUGGCAGAGUCGCAGCAUCCAGCGGGCAGACAAAAAUUCUGGUGCCAACACUAUUACUGUUCGUUCCAAUCUGCCAGGCCUGAUGGACAUCCAGGCUGUGGACAGAGAGAGAGCUUUGGGAUUCAAUAAGUGUGGCAGGAAGAACGGUGGCUGCACUCACCUAUGCCUGCCUCGUCCCAAUGGUACUUCCUGUGGUUGCCCUACUGGCAUCCUGCUGAAGAGCGAUGGUAGAUCAUGUGAUGACUCCCCCGAAACAUUUCUUCUUUUCUCCAACCGCAUCAGUGUGCGGAGAAUCUCUUUGGACACUAACGAUCACACGGAUGUGCACGUACCUGUGCCUGAGCUGCACAACGUCAUUUCACUAGACUAUGACAGUGUAGAUGGAAAACUGUACUACACGGAUGUCACCUUGGAUGUGAUAAGACGUUCAAACCUUGAUGGCACUGGCAUGGAGACUGUAAUCAGUCAGGGCCUAAAGACCACAGAUGGAUUGGCUGUGGAUUGGGUAGCCAGAAACAUGUACUGGACUGACACCGGAAGAAACACCAUUGAGGUGGCACGCAUUGACGGAACCAGCCGCAAAGUCCUUGUCAACAACAGUUUGGAUGAACCCAGAGCCAUUGCUGUGUUCCCGAGCAAAGGGUUUCUAUUCUGGACCGAUUGGGGUCAUAUUGCAAAGAUUGAGCGAUCUCACCUGGAUGGCACAGACCGCAAAGUUCUCAUCAAUACUGACCUGGGCUGGCCCAAUGGACUCACAUUAGACUAUGACACGCGAAGGAUAUUUUGGGUUGAUGCCCAUUUGGACAGGAUCGAGAGUUCUGACCUGAAUGGGAAACUGCGUCAGAUCCUCGUUAGCCCAGUGUCCCACCCCUUUGCCCUAACACAGUUGAAGCCGGUGUCCUCCCCUCUAACCCCUUUCUCCCGACUCUCGCAGCAAGACCGCUGGAUCUAUUGGACUGAUUGGCAGACUAAGUCAAUCCAGCGAGUGGACAAACACACUGGCCGUAACAAGGAAACUGUACUGGCCAAUGUUGAGGGGCUUAUGGACAUUAUAGUGGUAUCACCUAACAGGCAGACAGGUACUAAUCUUUGUGGGGUGAACAAUGGAGGCUGUACUCAUCUAUGCUUUGCCAAGACCAGCAGUUUUAUCUGUGCAUGUCCGGAUGAGCCAGACGGACGGCCAUGCUCCACCAUUGCAGGCUACAUCCCCACUUCUCCCAGCAGAGAAACCAGCAGCACCCCUGUCCCUAACAAGAUCCCCAAAGCUUCAACGGAAACCUCUCAAAGUGGACCCUCAGUGGUCAACUGCACUGACAAGAACCUAAAUGUAGAAGAGUGCUUACAGAGUAACGUGGUUACUGCUCCCCAUGGGGAAGGACUUCAUAUUAGCUAUGUGAUUGGAGGAGUUUUGACUAUACUGGCUAUUCUAAUUCUUAUUGUUGCGUUGAUUAUUUACAGACAUAAAAAGUCCAAGUUCGCUGAUCCGGGAGUUAGCAACCUGACCUACAGUAACCCUUCAUAUCGGACUUCCACACAAGAAGUCAAGCUUGAGGCCUCCCAGAAGCCUCCAAUAUAUAAUCAACUUCGAUAUAAGAAAGAGGGUGGAGUGGAGGGAGGGUACACAAAAGAGAAGAUCCGUAUUGUGGAGGGCGUGUGUCUUCUGUCCACUGAGGAACUUUAUUGGGAUGACCUCAAACAGAUCAAGCCAUCGCGAGGAGGCCUCCACACCUGCAUGCGCACAGACACUGUUUCGCUGCAAGCGAGCAGCGCUUCACUGGAUGAUGGAGAGACGGAGCAACUCCUUCAGGAAGAGGCAUCGGAAUGUUCCUCCAUAAUCACCCUCACUCCUUCAGCAAUCACCCCUCAACGUCACGCCCAGCACAGCCUCCCUGACACUGGCUGGAUUUCCAUGCGCAAGCCCUCGACUGAGAGUGAGGUGUGAGGGUGGCCUAUCUGCUUUAAAGUAGCUUCCAUUUCAAAAACACACAAACACGUCUGUAAUUUUAUCUGGUCUGGACAUAGAUUAUUGAAGGUGUACUAGUGCGGAUGCAUAUUUCGAGUCAAAAUCAAACAAUUUUUUCACUGAACACUUUAUCCGAAACUGGACCUCUGUCCUACUUGUACGCAUACAGUUCAUACACAGGCCCAGAAUGUACUCUGCUAAAACGUUUUGUGGAAAAAUAGUACACAUAUUAAUGGUGGCAAAAGAAAAUGCAAUACACUCUUAAGAAGAAGUGACCAGAGAUGCAAACACUAAAGGAUGCAGACUCUCAUUGCGACAAAUGUCUCUCAGUGUGCGACAUAGUGUGCGACAUUAACUUUUGGGGGAGGUUUUUUUUCUUGUUGGAUUCGGCUGAAUCAACAUCCUCCCGGGACUAUGGUGCCCUAAAACCACUCAUCUCUUUAUGAACUCUAUUUAUGAAUGAUUUUUGUACUUCUGAGUGGGCUUUCUGACUUUCACAGAACAGUGAGUGUUUUGUUGAGCUUUGUGCAGCAGGUUUUCAAGUAUUGUAUUUAUGACAGUGCCAAAGGGUGGGGCUUUACCAACUCUUCAUAAUCCUUCUUGAAUUUCACAUCAAUAGAAAGUUGUCACAAAUUUGCAGAAGCCGUCAGUGGCAAAUAAAUGUUUAACAUCCCUAGCAGUUUCAGCAAAGAUCUAGCUGGGAACUCUUUAUUUAGUUGAUUGCACAAGUUCUGCAAAUGCUGUAUAAAAGGCCCUUUUAGGUUUUUUUUUCUAUUUAAACAUUGCUCAUCCUUGGACUAAGCUAAGGAAGUUGCAAUUAUGUUAACUGCCCAAGUGCCAGAUAUUUUGUCUUUGUUCCCCAUACAUUUUUUUAACUUAUUAGAUUUAAUUGAUUGAUUUGCUGAUGCAACGUGAAGGUCGUUGUGCUUUCGUACCUACUGUAGCCCAUACGGUGUUUGUGAUAAAAUAAAGGAAAAGCACACGUAAAGAUACUGAGACUGUGAAGGAAGAAAUUAAGCAACACAAGGCCGAAAUCUUUUCAGCAGUUCAUUCUUUGUGUGUUAGUCAUUUGUUUUUUCAUAACCAGCAACUAUGUGAUAGAAAUUGAAUGUUAUUAGAACAAUUAUUUCAGUAGUUCCUCCAAUUUUUAAACUAUACUUACAGCACUUAUAAUUGUAAUGUGAAGUUUUAACAAUGUUACACAAAACUUGCCAAUUAGAUUUUUAGCAUAAAAGUGUUUUCAUUGUAGUGGUGUGCUACAAAACAAAAUUAUUAUAUUUUUUUUUAUUAGGUUUAUACAGUAUGAACAGUAUAUUGUAUGUCGUUUCAUUGUUUUUGUAUUUAAAAAAACAAAAACACAUUGUUACCUGAAUCUCCAAAUUGAAUACACUUUUUGAAAAAUGCUACUUUGAAUCGAUUAAUAUUAGCUUAUCUUACAAGCUGUGCCAUUUUCUCCCAAGUUCUCUUUUAAGACAACAUUAUAUUUAUACUAAUAUAUUAAACCACAAAAUAUCUGGUUUGCAAAACAAAUAUCUGGAGUUAAUUUCUUUUGAAGGGGAUGGGUAAAUAUGUGAUGCUAAAGUGCACUUGCAGCACUGUUCUGGUAUCUGCAACAGUAGUAUAGCAAAACACUGCAAGAUGGAUUCCAUGAAGCAGUGAGCGUUGUAGUUUAGUUUAGCAUCACUUUAAAAGAUUUAAGACACAGCUAUAAUGCAUUUUACUUUUUAGAAUGUUUCCCCCUGUUGACAACCCUAUAUUACUACUCAGACAACUAUAUUCAUAGAACCAUGUAUUUUUAAGAAUCUGCUUAGAGCUCAGCAACUUGCUGUUUUGCUGCUAGACAAAGCACUGAAGCCAAUGAAAGAGGGUCUUGGCAGCUACACGGUUGGUUGAAAGCCAGCCUACAAGAGUAUGAUAGUGACCCAACCUAUCAUCGUCAUCCCAGCUCACAGUCUCCCCAACUCUGCUGCAGGAAUGCUAAAUCUGUACAAAUUAUACUUUGCGGAUAUAUAUAGGUCAUUAAAGUUGAAGAUACUGUUUUGAUUGAGAUGUAUAAUCUUUUGUACAAAGGGAUUUCAUGACUGUCAUUAGAUUAAUCUUACUCACUGGAGAAGAACAAUUUGUUUAACAUUUGCUGGAUAAUUUUAACCACUGUGUUUCCAAAUCUUGCAAAUAAUAGGGAAUAUAUCAUUUAUUUAAUUGUCCCCCUUUAUGUUAUAAAUACUGGUCAGAUAUAGCUGUUGUAAAGUUAACAAUAAGAUGUAUUUAUGAUUUCUUGGAUUGUCAUUUUGAUGUGUAAAUAUGAAGACUGUAUAUGUAUUUCCAUGGCAGUGCAGUACUAACAAACUGUGUUGUGUGAUAUAGUGAAUUAUCCCUUUGCCAUCUUUUAAUAUAA